CUCCACAAACUGUCACAGUCCAACAAAUCUACAAAGAAAAUUUUUUCUCGGGAAAAUAAAACUUUUAUACUCCAGCUUGAAAAGUUUUUUCUUGAUCCGAGCUUGAAAAGUUCACCAUCUCCUUUUCUCAAGCACUUCAGAGAAACUAGUGAGAGAAUGUGAGAUUAGAGAGAGAGAGAGAGAGAGAGAGAGAGAGAGGAGCACGGCAUGCCUUGUCGGCCAUUACAAACUUCAACCAAGAGCCCUCAAGUCUCACCCUUCCUUCGCUUCACCAACUAAAGUCUCAAGAUCCUUCCCUAUCAUUGCCAUUCCUAUCCCACCCGACCAAAAGGUAAAAACCCAAAUCCAAGACGUGGGUUUCUAUUUUCUUGCUUCAAUCCUGCCUUCAUAAAAUAAUCCCAGAAAGAAAAUCUCGAUUCAUUUCAGUUGAUCGCAUUCCUUUUCCUAUAUUUUUCUUGCUGUUUUGGCUCUUUUCACAAGAGAUGGACUUGGAGGUAUGUUUAAACUUUGACCUUUGAUGGGUUUUCUUGAAUGGCCGCUAGUGUUGUUUGGGUUUUUGAAUGAUUGAUUCAUGACUCUGCUCUAUGAAUAUUUCCAAGGAAUUGCAUUGUUAGUUGCUAAAGAUUGAUUACAAUGAUUAGAAGGAUCUGUCUUUUUUAGUGUCUGCUGAUCUUGUUUUGAUGGGCUCCUUGCCUCCUUCUAGUGGUUGAUAGAUCACUGUAUUAUUAAUAUGUUGGCUACAACACAAGAUUGACGUUCUAUAUUGCUUGGUACUUUGAAUCUCUGCUGUGGAACUGUGAAUUGUGCUGUAUAUUAGCGCUAAAUGCUCAGCCUGAAUUUGGAUUUUCAGCAUGAUAAUCGGAGUUGCUUAGAGUACGCAAAGUUGUUGACUUCUCAGAUUGUGUCGUUCAUUUGACACAAUGGAGGGUGUUAUAAUGUCAGACAGCAGGAGAGGUAUUUUUGUGAGGGUUAUUGGAAUUUUUGUUGUCAUGGCUCUUCUGGUUUAUACUUCGAAAGGGUUGAAUUCGGACGGGUUGUACCUUUUGAAAUUCAAGGAAAACAUCCAUGACGAAUUCAAUUACCUGGGAAACUGGAACCCUGGCGACAAAACGCCGUGUGGAUGGAAGGGUGUGAAUUGCACGGCAGGUUCGGGGGUGGACUCUCUUGAUUUAAGUUCAAUGAACCUUUCGGGAACCCUGAGCCCUAUUAUUUGCAAUUUGGUUGAACUUACUAAACUUGAUGUUUCCAACAAUGGUUUCAGUGGAAGUAUCCCCAAUGAGAUUGGGAAUUGCUCAAGAUUGGAAAGUCUUUACUUGAAUAACAACCAGUUUGAUGGACAGAUACCUUCGCAGUUGGGUAAUUUGUCUAGUUUAACAGACUUGAAUCUGUGCAAUAAUAUGCUUUCUGGUCCUAUUCCAGAUGAGAUUGGAAAGCUUUCUUCUCUCUUCCAGUUUUUGGCAUACAGUAACAACAUAACCGGUUCAUUGCCGCGUUCUCUAGGGAACCUAACAAAAUUGCAAAUAUUUCGAGCAGGUCAAAACGGUAUUUCCGGGAGCAUACCUUCAGAGAUAGGUGGUUGUGAGAGCUUGACUGUACUUGGUCUUGCCCAAAAUGACUUAGGUGGGAAUAUACCCAAAGAGUUAGGGAUGCUUGGGAGUUUGACCGAUUUAAUUCUUUGGAAUAAUCAGUUAUCUGGUUUUAUCCCAAAGGAGCUUGGAAAUUGCACGAAUCUUGGGACUCUUGCUUUGUACCAAAACAACCUUGUGGGUGAAAUUCCCGCUGAGAUUGGAAACAUAAAAUUCUUGAAGGAUUUAUACUUGUACCAAAACGAGUUGAAUGGAACAAUACCUAGGGAAAUUGGUAACCUUUCUUUAGCAGCAGAAAUUGAUUUCUCAGAGAACUCCUUGAUGGGGAACAUUCCAAUUGAGUUAAGUCAAAUAAAGGGUUUGCAAUUACUCUUCCUUUUCCAAAACCAGCUCACAGGUUUUAUACCAAACGAGCUUAGUAGCUUGAGGAAUUUGACAAAGCUCGAUCUUUCUAUUAAUUAUCUCACUGGUCCCAUCCCCUCUGGAUUUCAGAACCUAACUGCAAUGCUCCAGUUACAGCUUUUCGAAAAUUCCCUUAGUGGUACCAUCCCCCAAGGACUUGGACUCCACAGCCAGCUUUGGGUGGUUGAUUUCUCAGAGAACAAUCUCACCGGAACAAUACCUCCUCAUAUUUGCCGGCAUACCAACUUGAUGUUGCUGAAUCUUGAGGCUAAUAUGCUGUAUGGGAAUAUCCCAGGUGGGGUUACAAGCUGCAAAUCACUGGUUCAACUUCGUUUGAAUGGAAACAGGCUAACUGGGAGCUUUCCUUCUGCAUUGUGUAAUUUGGCGAACCUUUCUGCCGUUGAAUUGGGUCAGAACAAGUUUAGUGGUCCCAUCCCUCCAGGUAUUGGAACUUGCCAAAAGUUGCAAAGGCUAGAUCUUUCAGACAAUUACUUUGCAUCGACGUUGCCGAGGGAGAUUGGAAAUCUUUCUGAAUUGGUGACCUUUAAUAUUUCCUCUAAUUUUUUCAUUGGAGCAAUACCUUCUGAGAUUCUUAACUGCAAAAUGCUUCAACGCCUUGAUCUUAGCGGAAAUUUCUUUGUAAAUGCAGUACCAAAUGAGUUGGGAACCCUUUCACAGCUGGAGCUUCUCAUGCUUUCUGAAAACAAGUUUUCUGGAAAUAUUCCUUCGGCAUUGGGCAAUCUGUCUCGUUUGACAGAGUUGCAAAUGGGUGGCAACUUGUUUUCUGGUGAAAUACCAUCGGAAUUGGGCUCUCUCACUGGUUUGCAGAUUGCGCUGAAUCUUAGUUAUAAUAAUCUCUCCGGAAGUAUACCACCUCAGCUUGGGAAUCUUAUUUUGCUAGAAUUCCUCUUUCUGAAUAACAAUAACUUGAGUGGUGAAAUCCCUAGUACGUUUGACAAUCUGUCGAGUUUAUUGGGAUGUAACUUCUCGUACAAUGACCUUUCUGGUCCGUUGCCUACCGUUGCAUUGUUUCAGAACAUGGCCAUGAGCAGUUUCAUUGGAAACAAAGGGCUUUGUGGCGGCCCUUUUGGUGAUUGCAAUGGAAAUUCUUCUUUUAACUCAAUUCCUCCUUCGAAAGGUUUAGGUGCUCCACGGGGUGAAAUCAUUCCAAUAGUUGCUGUUGCUGUUGGCGGAGUUUCUCUCAUUCUUAUUACAGUUAUUUUAUAUUACAUGAGGCGUCCAGUUGAGGUUGUUGCUUCUUCUCAAGAAGAAAUUUCCUCUCCUGUUUCAGAUAUCUAUUUUCCUCCAAAGGAGGGGUUCACUUUCCAAGAUCUGGUUGAAGCAACGAACAAUUUUCAUGCCAGUUAUGUUGUUGGUAGAGGAGCUGUGGGGACCGUAUACAAGGCAGUUGUGCAUUCCAGUCAAACAAUUGCUGUUAAGAAGUUAGCGUCAAACAGAGAGGGGAACAACAUUGAGAAAAGUUUUCGAGCUGAGAUUUCAACUUUGGGGAAAAUAAGGCAUCGUAAUAUUGUCAAGCUUCAUGGUUUUUGCUAUCACCAGGGGUCAAAUUUGCUUCUGUAUGAGUACAUGGAAAGGGGUAGCUUGGGUGAAUUGCUUCAUGGCACAUCUUGUGGCUUGGAAUGGCCUACACGAUAUAUGAUUGCUUUUGGGGCUGCGGAAGGGCUUUCUUAUUUGCAUCAUGACUGUAAACCGAGGAUCAUUCACCGCGAUAUUAAGUCGAACAAUAUUCUGCUUGAUGAGAAUUUUGAAGCCCAUGUGGGCGAUUUUGGUUUGGCUAAGGUCAUUGACAUGCCUCAGUCCAAGUCCAUGACGGCAGUUGCUGGAUCGUAUGGCUAUAUUGCGCCUGAAUAUGCCUAUACAAUGAAGGUUACUGAAAAAUGUGAUAUUUAUAGCUAUGGAGUUGUUCUCUUGGAGUUGCUAACUGGAAGAACUCCGGUGCAGCCAUUAGAUCAAGGAGGUGAUCUUGUCACGUGGGUUAGAAAUUACAUUCGGGAACAUUCGUUGAAAUCAGAGAUGCUCGACAGCAGGGUAAAUUUGAAUGAUGAAAAUACCGUCAAUCACAUGAUUACUGUCAUGAAAAUUGCUUUGUUGUGCACGAAUAUGUCACCUUUUGAUCGGCCUUCAAUGCGUGAAGUCGUGCUGAUGUUAGUUGAGUCUGAUGAGAGAUACGGGAACUUUAUUUCAUCUCCCAUGUAUGAUAGUCCUAAAGUUGAUGCCCCUUAACCUUAUGUAGUUAUCUGAAGUGUAGUUGAAAGAAGCACUCCCGGAUCUGAAAAAGCGUGGAAGGUUAGGCUGGGUCUGGCUGUUCAUUCCUCAACGAUCGAGUUAAGUUAGCCCUGUCUUCCUAUAUUGUUGCAUAAUGUUUCAAGGAUUGGAUGGGAGAAAAAAACUCCGUGAGAUUGAUCUUGACUUUUACUGUAGCAUCUCAUCGGUUAGGCAGGAGUGACUUCCUUAGUUUUAAGAAAAAGUAUCCAGGCAGAUGCCUGUAGUCAAUAU